CCCAUAACCUUCCCCCUCUUCCUGCUAAAACCGAACAAGUGAACACUGUGACAGAAGUCUACAACCAGCCAUGGAGGAGACCUCAGAGAAAAUCCCUAUUGCUUUGGCCGGACCUGAGGAUUUACAACAAUUCAUGCCACCUGCGUACGCCGCUGUCGCUGUGAAGCCCUCGAGCUCCGUGCGCGCGCUCAAGAUCGCCGUGGGCGCGCUGAGCAUCGGGGCCGCUCUCCUGCUGCUCGGAGCUGUGGGCGCCUUUUACUUUUGGAACGGCAACGACAAGCACGUGUAUAAUGUCCACUAUAGCAUGAGCAUCGAUGGUAAAAUGGAGGAGGGCUCCAUGGAGAUUGACACACUGAACAACUUGGAGAGAUUCACAACAGGAAGCAAAAAUGACGAAGCAGUUGAGGUCCAUGAUUUUCAGAUUGGAAUUACUGGUAUUCGUUUCGCUGGAGGAGAGAAAUGCUACAUCAAGACUGAGGCCAAAGGUCACCUUCCAAACCUGGAAUCUCUGAACAAGGAGUCCCUGACAUUUGACUUGGAGGAUGAGGUCAUGCCUGUCAAGUUCGAAGAAGACUCUCUAAUCUGGGUUGCAGCUGAUCAGCCUCUGAAAGACAACAGCUUCCUCAGUGCCAAAAUUUUGGACCUCUGCAAAGACGUGCCCAUCUUCUGGCUGCGUCCUACCUACCCCAACAAUGAGCAGAAGAAACCAGUUCCAAGGGCCAGACGACAGGCUCCUGAAGGCAAUGAUGACAGGGCUCCAUUCAACCCAAACAACCCUUACCAUCAGCGUCGUGAGGAGGGUGAGGACAGCCCUAUGACGGUGGACACCAUGCUGGACCACACAGGUGUGUGCUGCUCCGAGUGUCGCCGUAGCUAUACACACUGCGUGCGUGUCUGCGAGCCUCUGGGUGGCUACGAACCAUGGCCAUACAACUACAGAGGCUGUAGGCAAGUGUGCCGUGUCAUCAUGCCAUGCAGCUGGUGGGUGGCUCGCGUCAUGGGCCUCGUCUAAAGUCUCCACAGUGGAUGAACUCACAAAGAAAGCUAGUUUCCAACAGAGAAGCCUCAUCACAAGCAUCACAUUGUGCAAAAAAACUUACCAUUUAUUAUGAUGGGGUCUAAAGUAUUAGAAUACUGGUUGCAUUCAGCAUGCGAGUCUGUUAUUGAACCAUGUCAGCAUUGUUGGGGAACAGUGUGAAGAACAUUUGGUUAGUCUCAAAAAUAUGAACAAUGUACAUUAAAGGACUAGCUAUGGGGAAAGAAUUCUAAUGUAUAGUUUUACUUACUGAGCAGCCACGAUGUAUUUUGUCCAAAAUUUACUUUUUACUGGCACUAUCAAGCUAAUAAGCAAUGAACGUCUUUCUUGCCCACAAUAAACGAGAUGUGAACUAAAGUAAAAUAUUCUUUUUCUUUUGAUGUAAAUAUAUGUAAUAAUUUGCUUCAGAGAGCAGCAGACGAGUCUUUGAAUAGCAACAAAGUAUAAACACCUAUAUGAGAUAUCUGAUAUACUUGCUGGCUUUAAAACCAUUUUGUUUCCCUGGAUAUUGCUUUUGAUGCAACAUAAAACGAUUUCUGGCCUUUUUUAGACAAGUAUUGCCGCUUUCAAAGAGCCUUUUCAAUAUAACGCCAAAGUGUAAUAAAGGACUUUUUCUACAAUAGAAA